AUGUAUUUGUCAGAAGGUAACACAUCUAGACAGGUGAACCAAGGUUCACAAAGUGACUUGUUAGCUAACAAUUCCGUCAACCAACCUAUCGUUACUUCAUCUCCGACGGAAUCCAGUUCCACAGACCGCAAGUCCACACAAACUGAUUUGAAUCCCAAGGGAUUUUCGAUCAAUUCGUUACUGGACACAACCAGUCUCACACGGAUCUCAUCUAUGCUUUCCAGAGAUCCUCUCACUCCGACCGCGAAAACUUCUCCGAGGAGAGCGGAUCGACUGGAAUCGUAUUCGGGAGCACAGUCAACCCGAUUGGCUCUUCCAGAUAUCGGUGAGCUUUUGACCUAUCCUAAUAUUAGCAUUGAAUUUUAUUUGGAUAAUUCUGAUUGA